AUGUCCCAUUUGUGGCCGCAGAUAUGCGCGCAGCGGCACAUCGAGUUCCACCCGCAGAGCUCGAUUCGCGGUCGGAGGCUGGUUGCCUGUGUCUCCUGCCACGAGCGCAAGCUCAAAUGCGAUGAGGAUACGCCGUGCCGGUCUUGUGUCCGGAGCCGCAUUGACUGCGUCCGGGCGGGUCCCAGCCCGCCGGAUACCGCUUCAAACCAUGGAGCCACCAGCACGGAUGCAGACUGGCCUGCCGGCCUGGAUAUUGUUGGGACGGCAGAUGGCGGUCUUGUUGGCGAGGACCACCCAACGGAGGACCCUUUCCUGCCCCACGCCAGAGCCUCCCCAACCGACCAGGAGGUGGUGGCCUCGGUGUGGUCCGCCGGAAGCAAUGACUACCAGUCGUGGAUCCAGGACCAGCCUCAAUUUGAAUGGUCGAUGUCUCCGUUUCCGUCGCUGGCAUCGCCCAUGUCGGCCUCAAUAGACGCCCACGCACAGGGUCGUCGGGUCUCGACACCGUGGGCCAUGAGUGCCGAUCCGCCUAAUCCGCAGUCCGUGGCCACAGGCCCGAUCAGAGACGCCGACACUUCCGUUCUUAACGCGCGAUCAAGUGUGAGUCCCAGCCAAGGACCACUGACGGAGGCUGCAGUCAGUGGAUCAGAAGCAGCAUCCAGUUCCUCGUCCCCGGCCACAGACCACGGCUUCAGUGCUGCACCUUCACGCAGCACUGCUUCUAGCGCCACUCCAGCCUCUCCCGGGAGAAGUCCCUCUCGAGAAACACGGAGGCUUCACGAUCUUGUCCACCAUGAUCCUGCGGUCCUGGCCGAUCUGGUUCGACUCUACUUCGCAGAGGUCCACCCCUACUGGCCGAUCCUGCAUGUCCCGAGCUUUGAGAUUGGCAUGGCGUCUGACACUCUGCUGGCAUCCAUGCUCAUGCUCGCCAGCUGGGUCGCUGGCCGGCACGAACAUCUUGAGCUCGCGCCCGUCGUAUUCGACGAGGUGGCCGACGCCACUGGGCCUGAAUCCGUCCCGUCCCUCCACAACUUACAGGCUCUCUUGUUGUGCGUUGUGUACGCCGUCUGCCGUCGGGGCGAGGAAAGCAUGCUGGUAAAGGCAGUCCGCCUCAACGCCAUCCUGGUCUCAAUAUGCCGCUGCCUCGACAUCUUCUCGGGCCAUCACGUCCUGCCAGAGCGGCUGGAGGAGUGCGCCCUGAUGUUCUGGCUUGCCAAAGAGCAGUUGCACCGGCUCGCCUUCUCAGUCCUGCGCCUGGAUACCUACCUGAGCGUCCUCCUGGACCACCCGCCGUCAGUACGCUACGAGGAACUGUGCAUCCCGCUGCCAAAGUCAUCACAGCUGUGGAUGGCCACGAGCGAGGAGGACCGGCGCAAGCUGCAAUGGAACGAGCCGGCGGGGCGGGAGAAAGCCCUGUUCAGCUCCAUCAUCCGCGACGCCCUGGUCGACACGGGCGAGAGCCCGGGCGUGUCCAAGCUGCCGUACCGCCUCAGCGCAGUGGACUACCACCUCGGCCUGUGCGCGCUGCAGUCGGGCGUCUGGGCGGCAGCGCGCGAGGCCCACAGCGCCGCGACCGACGAGCUCAUGACCAAGCUGGCGCCGGGCAGCCCCAUCGAGCUGUGGCGCUCGCACCUGACCGCGUGGCGAGCCAAGAUGGCGGCGGAGUGCGAGGAGCUGCGGUCGCAAAUAACACCACCACCACCUCCUCCUCCUCCCCAGAACCCAGCGACCCCCGACGCGGUCCUCACCCCCCUGACCCUCAUCCUCUGGCACAUCUCAACCAUCAAAAUGCACGCCCCGCUGACCCUGCUGCGCAUGCACGCCCGGCUCUGCCCGGCGCACGGCGGCGGUGGCGGGGCCGCCGGGCCGGGCCUAGGCCCCGACGCCGCCGCCGCGCUGCAGAAGCCGCGCGCCCGCAUGCGCAGCUGGCUGGCGUCGGCCUGCGCGCGCAUGGCCGUGUGGAGCGCCGCGCAGAUCGCCCGCCUCGUCGUGCCCGCUGCAGGCGACGACGACGCCGUUGUCGCUGCUGUUGCUGUUGCUGGUGCUGGUGCUGGAGCAGCUGCUGGGGAUGAUCGGCCUGCCGCGCUGCCGCCCGACUUACCCGGCCGGGACGCGGCGCUGCCGGCGGCCCGCCGCCAGCUCCUCAACCCGCUUGCCGUGCCUGGCCUGCUGAUGGGCGCUAUCGUGACGUGUGCCUACGCGGCGCAGACGAGUGCCUGUCCGGCCUGCUGUCCGCUCGCUGCUGCUGCUGCUGCCGCUGCGGCUGCUGGUGGUGGCGCUGAUGGGAGUGGUGGUGGUGGUGGUGGUGCGCCCGCGGCCGUCGAUCUUUUCGUCGCCGCGGACGAGGACGCCGCGCUGGUCGCGUGGAAGGAGCACGGCCUGGGCUGGGCGGUGUGGGGGCCCAGCGGGAUCGCGGUGUGUCGAUGCCGGCUGGCUGCGCUGGGUGGGUGGUUUGCUGCGGCGCUGGGGAGGGAGCGCGGGGCGAAGGGGGAGUUUGAGGCGUUUUUUGAGGGGCUCGUCGGCGGGUGA